CUGUAAUAUAUGAAGCACAUGAGAGUACAUGUGAGGAUUUUGACAUAGUGACCCAGUUUGACCUAGUUUACACAAACAGCAGUGUAACCAUGUGGUUUUUUACAGGUUGAAAGCUUUUAAAGUUGUGCAGUCUUACAUAAUUAUUGGACUUAUUAAUACUUAGUACAUGUACUGAUUCAUUAUAUAAUACUUAAUCGAUGAUGAUACAUAGUGUCUACUUAUAAGUAAGAUUUUCACGUCUACUUUCAGUUUAGUUUUGUUUAUACCUAAAGGAUCUUAGUCAUAUGGAUAUAAUUGACUCUGUGAAAUAACAAAAUAAGUUAUAAAGGAAAGUGAAAAUUAAAUUAAUUAAUUUUGAAAUAUAUUUGACUACAUCUGUAAACAGAAUGUAAUUUCAAAGGAAAGUGAUAAUUCAUUGAUUACUUUUUAAUUAAAUUCAUCUCUGCAAUUGGUCACUUUGUAAAGCACCAAUUUGUAGUGGUCAUCUUUUCUGACUUUGAAUUUAGAUGCUGAUUUGACCUUUGUCAUUGAAGACAUUCCUUGAAGUGUAUCAAACCCAACAGACCAUAUCAUGUAAACAUAGUAAUGAGUGAUUAUUGACUAAGCCAUGUGGUAGUACAGGUAGGAUCAAUCUUUAUCUGUUCUGGGCAGUUAUUAUCUUACAUUCAAUGGGUAAACAGAGUGUGAAAGCAACGGAUACUAUACAAACACACAAACUCUCUAAUGGCCACAUUAGUGUGCCAAAGGAAUUAAGACAAUUAUUGGAGACCAAGGAUAAAGUAUAUGACCAAUAUUCAAAGGAAUUUACAACUUCUGAAGGGACCAGUCGGUUUAGGCUUGAAGAAAUAUGUGGCGUAGGUAUCAGUAGUAUUGUAAGAAGAUGUGUUAGUAAAGAUACAGGGCAGGAAUAUGCCGUCAAGAUCAUCGACAUCAGCGGUGAAAAGGCGGAAGACUUCCAAGCUGAUCAGACCAAACGAGAAACCAUCAGGGAAAUUAAUAUCCUCAAGAUGUGUGAUGGCCAUCCGAAUAUCAUCAAUCUCCAUGACUCAUUCCAAACUCCUACAUUCAUUUUCCUAGUAUUUGAACUAUGUAAGCAGGGUGAAUUGUUUGAUUACCUGACACAGGUUGUAACAUUGUCAGAAAAAAGAACUAGAAUAAUAAUGAAACAGUUAUUAGAAGCAGUAGAGUUUAUACACAAGAAAAAUAUUGUACAUCGAGAUUUAAAGCCAGAAAACAUUUUAUUAGACGACAAUUUAAAUAUAAAGCUAUCAGACUUUGGAUUUGCUACAGUAUUAGGCCCAGAGGAAGAAUUAACAGAAUUAUGUGGUACACCAGGUUACCUAGCCCCAGAAGUCUUAGCUGUGUCUAUGUAUGAGAACGUAGCAGGGUACAGGCUUGAAGUAGACAUGUGGGCUAUAGGUGUGAUAAUGUACACACUCCUAUGUGGAGCACCACCUUUCUGGCAUCGUAAACAGAUGCAAAUGUUAAGGAUGAUUAUGCAGGCUACUUAUUCCUUUGGUACUCCUGAAUGGGAUGAUAUAUCACAGCCUCCAAAAGAUCUGAUAUCUAAAUUACUAGUCAAAGAUGCCAAAGAUAGAUUAACUGCCACCCAAGCUCUUCAACAUCCAUUCUUUAAACGGGAGUUGAAACCAGAGAAGAAAUUUUACCCCAGGAAAGUGUUCAAGGCUGCUGUUAUAUGUGUGAACUUUUUCUAUAGACUAAGAUUUUAUUUCAACAAUCCACCUCCGAUUUCGAGAGAAGUUAUUAAAUCUAAUCCUUAUAGUGUCAAAAUGAUCCGAAAACAUAUUGAUGCAUGUGCAUUUAAAAUGUACGGACAUUGGGUAAAGAGAGGAGACAAUCAAAAUCGUGCAGCAUUAUUCGAGCAUUCGCCUAGAGACGAUUGGAAAAAUGUGAGCCUAAAUACAAAGACUCAACUAAUAAUGAUUGAUUUAUGAUUAUAAGUACCUGUUUUUAGGUAUAUCAACAUUUUAUACUCAAAUCUCAACAGAUUGCCAGGUAUAUUUUAAAUCCUCAGCAGACAGUGCAAGAAUUAUCAAGUAAUCGGUUUAACAGAUACAGUUUUCUGUAUGCACAGUCUAAACAUUUAAGUGAAAUUUGUAUUUGGACUUAAGGAAACAGUGAACUAAAUGCUAUCUAAAGUUUAUUCUGGUUGAAAACUUAUAAACUGGCAAUGAAAAAUUUUAUCCAGGAAACAGAUACAGUGCUAAACUAGUGUUCAAUGCAAUUAUUUGAUUUUUGUCUGUGUGACCAAAAGUGAAAUCAUAUAAAGAUUUUUCUUGUUUCUUGAUUGUGAUUUUGUUUUAACUUUUAUUUGGUUAAUUUUUUUUUCUCUCAAUGUUUUAACAGUGCUGUUAACUGGUUGAAAAGUAUAUCAUUAAAUGUAGUCCUGAAUAUGGUGAAAAAAACUGCAUUUCUUGUAAAAUCUGGGUUUUGUUCUGUUUAGUUGGCUAAUUGAAGAAUUUUGCAUGAAAACAGUUGGGUAAAAAUAAAUUGAUAAUAGAUAUAAAGUUAAGGGUUAAAAUCAUGCCUGCCAACUUCUGCUUAAAUACCAUGUUAACUCUUUUGAAUACCUGUUUUGAGGUAUUCAGAGUGUAAAAUGAAAAGAUAUCCAGAGUCAGGUCAACACCAUUCAUCAUGGAGAAAACCCCAUAUCAAUUGGGGAAGUUGGCUGGUCUGGAAAAUAGACUCCAGAAGAAAGGAGUUCAUAAUUUAAAAUGAUUGGUUGAUUUUUUUGUAUCAUCUUUGUUAUACUACUUUAAAAUACUAGUUAACCUAAAAGGAAGAGAAAUUAGAAGUCUGAUAUCUGCUAUAGGCCUGUUCUGACUUUAAAUUUUUGUCAUUUUUCUGUUUAUAAAAUGUUUUUCAUAAUUGAAUUUAUAACAAGGAUGUAACCUCCAUAUGUAUGCAUUAUUCAGGACUGCUGUAAAAGAAUCGUUUGGAAACAAUUUUGAAUGCAUCUCCCUUUUUCCAAACUGUAUUAUUUGGUUAAUAAAUUUUCAUAGCAAUAUAAAUAGGGCAAUAGUUAAACUAUUAAAAUGUUUCUUCAUGCAAUUUCUGAUCAUGUUAUUGUUUGUUUUUUGUUAGUGUUUAAUUGUUCAAGAUAUUCAAAUAGAUUUACAUGAUAGAAAAACUUCUUGCUCUUUCGGCUCAAAACUUGAAAUGCUCAAAGCUGUCUGCUCAUGCCAAUGACUGUACAUGCAAAAAAAUAUUAUUUGAUAAACAGGUGUGCUCAGAUUUUUUAAUUAAUUAUUUAUUGAUAGAAAAUAUGUCAUGAAAUUUUGUACAAUUUUUUUCUUUUUGGUUCUUUAAUUUUGCAUUAAAUGCAUGCAGUGGACCUUGCCACCAAAAAUACAGGAAUUUUUGGAAUUAAUUAAUUAAUUUCUUCUUUGCUUAAAUUCAACAAAUUUAUUUUUUUUAAACCACAUUUGCAGUAAUAAGAGGGAGUUUUAAAAGUUAAAUGUCUCAAAAUUGUAUAACCCUUUUAAUCUGUUGAGCUUGUCCCAUUUUCACAUUUACAUGUAUAUAGCUUUUCAUUAAACUUAUUUAUUUUUAUCAUUAUGUGAAAGUUAAAGUUUGCCUGAAUUGUUAUUAUGAGUAUGUCUGUCUGUUUCAUUUGUAAACAUGUUGUAUUAUACUGUGGUUUCAUUAUUAUUUGUUGGAUACCAAUUUUCUGGAUUUUGUUGGAAAGAGGAAUAGUGAAUUUAAUUCCUUAGUGAAAUACAAGUUUGUAGUAAUAUCAAUAGGAGCAAGAGGAAACCAUGAACUAGGUACCAUGAAAAUAACAAUUCUUUCUCAAGCUAGGAAAAUUGAUCCCAACGACUAUAAAGUGAAUCCACAGUCGAUAUUAUCAUCAGUUGUUAGAGAUUGAACAAACCAUUUUAACGUGCUACUUUUGAAUAAAAAAUUUAAACCUUA